GCCGUGGGCGACGGUGGCAUCUCUCAGGGUCAAUCAAAGUCUCAACAACCGCCAGUGUCGCCUCAGUCGACCCUCUCAAGGCCGCAGAGCAUAGCAUCCAUGGCAGAGGAAAUCGCGCAACGCUCUCGAGCAUCAAGUCUGAGACCUGUCAUAACGCCGGCUCGUCCAUCUGGCGGGAGCUAUGGUAGCUCGACGCCAUCGCAUGGAUCUAUCUCAAAACCAGUGGGAGUGCGAGCCAUGGCGGCCAUGUUUGAAAAUGCGUCCCAGGAGUCGCCUUAUAUGUCUUUCCCUACAACACCUCGCCCCUCUCGGACGAGUGUAACGGAUUUGGGUCUGUUCCAUUUAAGGCAAGAAACUGUGCCUCUUGAAACACCGAAAACGAAAGCAUUGAUCGUAGCUCCAAAAGAGAGUGACCCGGAUCCAGGCUGUGGGCUCUCGGGUGGAAGGAAUCGACAGACAAGUCAUAGACUGCGGUCUGUCACUGACAGCACCGGGUCGUUGAUCGUUCCCGAGGCGACCAAUGCUCACGGAGGUGCAGUCCAUCUCGGUAGGCCAUCUCUGGCACAGCUUCAGCAAACACCAGAUUCCUCGAGUCCCGCUCAGCAGCCGCCUAUCGCACAGCGUGUCGCAUUGCCCCGUCCCUCAUCUACACUAUUAGUGCGCCAACUAAGCGAGGAUAUCGUCCCGGCACGAGCAGGAAGCCCGGGCCACAAUUCCAUGCUCCAUGCACAAAUUCGAAGUCUUCAGAGGCAGCUGGAUAUCAGGAAUGAGGAAAACGCAUCUCUUCGGCGUCAACUUGAGACAAGAAAUAACUUGGACAUUGGAACACUCAGUGAACAGCUUCGAGUAUCCAAAAGAGAGUGUGCCAUGUGGAAAUCUCGUGCCGAAGCUGCAGAAAAACGAGUCUCGGUUCUUGAACACUUCACGCGUAAGCUGAGGGGUAUCAAAGGAGGGGAUGCGCAGAACGACACUGAAGUUACGUCGCAAAGCGGAAGAGACAGCAACGAGACGGUGGCAACAGAGGAUGGAGAAGUUGUGGCGGAGAGAAUCAGGAAGGCUAUGAGAGGGAUGGAUGGGACGAGGAGCAGUGAUGGCGGGGCUGCAGCUUGGUGGAACGACGACAGGCACAGUAGCAAUACCAGGCACUCUGGAGGCCUCGGUGGACAACAGCAGCCGAAAUUGACCGAGGAAUCAUUGCAUCAGAUUUGGCAGGCGGCGCAGGAGCUGCUUUUGGAGGAUGACGAUUGAUUAUUUGGCACAGGAGGCCCAAAGGCCAGCUGUGUCAGGGUAGGGGCGUUGGGAAGCCCGAAGCAUGCAUUGGGGCUUGAUUAUAGACAUUGAGUUGGCUGUGUAUCGAUAUGGUC